AUGUCUGGCAGGCUAGAUCAAUCUCUCGACACCAUCAUUGAUAGCCAGAAGAAGGCAAAACGCGAGACUCGUCGUCGCAAGGUCGGAAAGCCUUCCGGAACAACUGCUCCUGUCGGUGGUGUCAAGAAGGCAACGAGACCCGUCAAGUCGGCCAUCAAGCCCGCAACUGGCGCUGCAGCUCAAGCUCGCUCCAGCAAGAUCGUCGUCAGUGGCUUGCCACUCGAUGUCAACGAAGCCCAGAUCAAGGAAUAUUUCGGCAAAUCCGUAGGCAACGUCAAGAAGGUUUCCCUGCAAUAUAACCAGACCGGUCAGAGCCGUGGUAUUGCAGACAUCAUCUUCUCCAAGCCAGAUUCUGCGGCCAAAGCAGCAAAAGACCUGAAUGGAAUGCUGGUGGACAAGCGACCAAUGAAGGCAAGCACGACACCCCAUGUUCCAACACCGGCUCCAGCCAAGUCACUUGCGGAACGUGUUGCCGCCAACCCGAAGGCUCAACCCAAGUCAGCUACUGCGACCAAGAAAGUCGUCGGAAAAGAUAGUGCCAAGGGGCGACCUGCUGGUAAAGCCGGAAAGCCAAAGCGUGGCCGGAACUCGCGACCAAAGGCCAAGACCGCUGAAGAACUCGACGCCGAAAUGACCGACUAUUGGGGAGGCAACAAUCCGUCCGCCGCCGGUACGAACACCGAUGCUACCGCUACGAAUGGUGCUGCUCCCGCAGCCACCACUGGCGAGGACGCCAUGGAGGAGAUUUCAGUGAGCGACAUCGAAUUCAUCUGCUGA